AUGACCCCCGACCUCUCCGCAGGUGAAAUCUGGGCUCUGAUUGGCCGACGUGGCAGCAGGCAGUUCCGGGAGAGACUUCCCGCCCUGUCCCGAGGGCUCCAGAGUCAGCAGGUGUACCGCUGGGAUGGACAGUGUGGCGUUUCACGCCUACACAGAGUUCUUCACUCACACACACUCCAUCUGUCAUUUCCUGCAGUCGGAAGCCUGGCGCAGUCAGGCGGAGAGCACCAUGGACAGACUCACGGAAACCUCAGCAGGAGUCGCCCAGCAGCUUCAGUCCACCAGUCAGUUGGCGGUGGAGUUGAUGGAGGCCCAGAGCGCCGCCCUGCAGACGCAGCAGGAACUGCUGGACAACGGGGAGCAGCUGAGGGUCACCUUGAAGGACUCGACUCAGGGCUGGUUUUACUGGCUCAAGUGUGUAUGAACUUCUACCUGGAGAGGAAGAUCUACCAGUAUGCGAUGAGCUUGGAUCAGCCCGAACACAGGAACCUGGAGCUGCUGAGCGUGUACGUGAGUCUCCUCCGGCGAGCCAUGGUGUGCGCGGGAGUGUGUGUCCUGGCUGCUGUGUGUUUCCGCUACAGAGAUCCGCUCCAACAGAGUCUGGAGGUUCUGCAGCAGCUCAGAGAGACUCAGCACAGCCUGCAGGAGGCGCUGCAGCAUGCAGACAGCCUGAGGAGGCAACAGACGGUGGAGCUGAUGCACCUUCAUAAAAGACUGUCACGAACAGAGGACCAGCUGAAGAAGCCUCCCUCUACAGCCGAAGAGUCACUGUGUGGUGUGACCUCUGACCCCAGCCCGGACCGGAAGCCCCACAACUCGUCGUCUUCUCCGCUGGUCUACAGCAUCCUGGUGGAGGACAAGCAGCCGCGUCGCUACAGCCUCAGAAGCAGGAGAUCAGAGAAGUUCUGAAGGCUACUCCUGGACAUGUUUGCCAGUGAAACUGCUUUUAAUGUAAACACUUGUGUACAAAUAUUAA